CGUCGCGCUUCCUUUCAUAGUCUACACAGCAUACGCGAACGUCGCGGGCGUAGUGGUGUAUUGCAUUACAUGCAAUACACCACUUACGCCACGGGCGGCAGCAGAAUCGCCGGUGUUUUUGCGGCUUAUAUUGCGGGCGACAUUCCGAGUGCCAUUCCGAUCAAAAUGUCUACGGAAGAAGAGUGCAUUUUAUUGCUCCUUUUACACCGGCAACGACAACGCAGGAAGCGCAGAGAUAGGCGGUGGUAUGUGCGCCCUUUGAAUACCACACGAGAUCGGGAUGGGGAAUUUGUUUCUCUGGUGCUUCCAAUGCGAAGCCUGGACGAGGAGAGGCAUUUCCAAUAUUUCCGUAUGUCGGCGCCAAAGUUCGAUGAUCUCCUUUCGCGAGUCAUCCGUUACCUUCCCGACUCGCACCAAAACCACCGGAACCCGAUCGGGGCUUCCCAAAGGCUUGCGGUUACCUUGAGGUACCUGGCAACCGGCAUCGGCCUGCAAGCUCUUUCGGCGAGCUACAAGAUGGGCACCAGCACUGUGUCGGGCAUCGUGGAGGAGAUGUGUUCUGCCAUCUGGGACGCCCUUCAGGGGGAGUUCAUGGCCUUUCCUUCCCGCUGUCAGUGGCAGGACAUAGCGGAGGAAUUUUGGAGGCAGUGGCAGUUUCCCCUGUGUGUCGGGGCGAUUGACGGGAAGCAUGUCAGACUCAGAGCUCCAGCACGAUCGGGAAGUGACUACUACAACUACAAAGGUUUUUUUUCAAUUGCCCUUAUGGCUGCUGCUGAUGCCAACUACAGAUUCAUUUAUGUAGAUGUUGGCGCAUACGGGCGUGAGAGCGAUGGAGGUGUCUUGGGUCGCAGUGCCUUCGGAUCCAGACUGGCAGAGGGCAACCUCAAUCUACCCGCCCCUGCUGUCCUACCAGGCACCACAACGCCCAGUCCUUAUUUUUUUCUGGGGGAUGAGGCCUUUCCCCUACAAGUGAACCUGAUGCGUCCCUAUCCAGGUACUAACCUGCAGGAUAGGAAGCGCAUCUACAACUACCGACAGGCCAGGGCGAGACGCGUAGUGGAGAAUGCCUUUGGCAUAUUGGCUGCGCGCUUCCGAAUCUUUGGCCGUCCAAUUGACUGUCAACCUGAAAAGGCGGUGAAGAUUGUGAAGGCGUGUGUGGCUCUCCACAACUUCCUGGCAUCCACCGAACGAGCCAGAUACAUGCCCGCCUCCUUUGUGGAUACGACCGCUGACACCGGAGAGGUCCAGCCUGGAGAGUGGAGGCAGCAUGUCGAGGGGGACCGGAAUAUGGUCGACGGACCACGGUGUUCGGUCGGCAGAGCCAGACCAUCUCAAAGAGCGGCCCUUGUCAGGGAGCAGCUGGCAGAUUAUUUUCUGUCGGAUGCUGGCGUGUUUCCCCACCAGUACAAUGUGCUACGAUUGGGCACUGACCAAUAAACGUAUUGUUCACUUGGAAACAUGACUUCUAAUUUAUUAGUUAUCACAUUACACAAGUUAACUAAUUUGGUUUACGUCAAACUCAUUAAUUCAUAUCCAUAUAAAAUGUUUACACAACGAGCUACUGCCUUGACAGAUGAAUGAAUUAUUUAAUUGUA